AUGAAACGAUUUUCAUCACAAGUGUUCCCAAAAGUUCAGCCGGAAGGUUGGAUUAAUUGCCGUGCGGAAGCGCCAUUCAUUUCCGCUUGCGCUCGCGAAGUCUUCAAAAUCACUGUGAAGCGAAAAGGAGUCGUCGAAGCGACUUGCAGUAGCAGCAAUCGAGCGGGCGAAAGUAAUUUGGCAGCAAGCGAAGUUGUUGUGCUUGUCGCCGCCGCAGUUUUUGCCGGUUUUCACGAUUACUUGUGCUUUCGCGGUUAUUCGCGAUCAUUCGCGAUUAUUUCACUGAAGAAAAAUCCCAUUGGCUCCAACGUCAAUGUUUCAACAGGCACGUUUAACAGACUCCACGCUGAAGUGUUUGUGCGACGACUGGCGAAAUCCCCAUUAUCUGUAGGCUUUUCUACAAAUCUUUCUCCCGCAAAGCUUUAUGAAAUUCAGUUAAAAACUGAUUUUGUACAAAUGAAAAAUGUCAAAAGACACCUUAUGCUGUCAGAUUACGGUAAGUCGUGUGGGCCUAAAGGCAUUUUCGCUGAAUGUUUUUCAACAUUUUUGUAA